GAGCUUUAAUUAGGUGACACAUUCGAUCUCAUCCGCUUUUUUUGAGCUGACUCCAGUACAGGUGACAUCUCAUGCGCAAUGCUGGGGCGACCAUCCAUGCUCCGCGAUCACAGCCAAUUGUAGCAUCCCAAGAGCUGCUAUCCUGCUCCCUGCAAGCAGCAGCAUGUUUCCCAACCAACUCUGGCGCAGGGGCCAGGUUUCCUCUCCACAGGGAUGGUGGUCGCGGCAUUACUGGCACGCCGGAGGCGGCAUUUUCAACGCGGCUCGUGCGCACAUUCCGUCAGUAGCACCAGCAGCUGCUUCAGUGCAGAAGUUCUCGAUGGAGGACAACGACAAGUUAAAGAUGCAAAAUCUCAACGAACGUCUCGCUUCGUACCUGGACAAGGUAUCAAAUUUAGAACAAUCCAACCAGACACUUGAGCAACAGAUCCAUGAGUUCCUGGGCCAGCAGUCACCAGAGGAGCGUCAGAGCUAUGAGGCCAAACUACAGACUGUUAAUGAACUGCGGCAAGAGAUCAAGGACUUCUUCUGUACUAUUGCCCAGUUACAGCUGGAGAUCGAACAUGCCCAGUAUGAAUCCAUGGACUACCAACUCAAGAUUGACGAGGAGGCCCGGGUGUGCUUGUCCUCUGAGUCGGAGAUCACUCUCCUGCAGGUCAUCCAGAGAAACUCGGAGGCGCAGAAUGCCGAACUGGAGUUUGAGAUCAGCCAGAAAGAGGAGGAGAUGGCUUUCAUCCAGUCAGAAAGGGAAGAGAAACUUCUAGAGCUUCGCUCCCAAGUGUCAGGCUCUGUAAAUGUUGAACUGGCUGUCAAAGAUCAGGUCGAUCUGAUCCAGGAGCUCAAUCAGAUCAGAGAGCAGUGCAUGGUAGUGGUGGAGAAGAACCAGAAGGAAGUGGAGCAAUGGUUUGAGAAAAAGAUGUCUGAGUUGAAGACCACUGAGGUACAGGAGACUGUAGAGAUUGAAUCCAACACAUCCGCCCUGCGUGAGAAGAAGACAACAUUCCAGAACCUAACCAUUGAACUUCAACAACUGCACACACAGUUGUCUGUCUUGGAGCAAAACAAGAUGGAGAGGACAUCCAGGUAUAGUCUGUGUCUGCAUCAGUAUCAGAUGAAGGUGAACUGUCUGGAGGAGGAGCUUCAAAGGCUGCGUUCCGACAUCAAUCAGCAGGGGGCGCUCUACCAGGAGUUGCUCGACAUCAAGACUCAUCUAGAACUGGAGAUCGCACAGUAUAAGAAGAUUUUGGACGGAGGGGGAAUCAGUGACCAUGUUUCAAGCGCUGCUGUCAUAUCCAACCAUGUGUCUAGCAUUGAUACUGGUUUAAAAACCAGCACUACCACAUACACUGCUUUAACCAAUGGUACCCAUGAGGAGAAACAGAGUGCAGGUUCCGCAAAAGCAAUUUACUCUAGUGUUGAGGGACAGACAGCAAGCUCAAGAAAAGACAUACACCAAAGCCGAUUCCUGGGUGAAGGGUCAGCUGGUACUUUGGUGGUUCAAGAAGAGAUUGUUAUUUCAAAACAGGGCAGACCAGUUACCAGUAGGAAUGAAAAGAUUAUAACUGAAAGUCAUGUUAACACCGCACCGGUUUCUAAAAGUUUGUUUGACCAGACCAGUAAAGCAAAAACCGCCACAACAAAAAGUAUUUACUCUACUGAAACUGUAGAAGUUAAAAGUACUACGGCUGUAACAGACAACACUCUGAAGAAGUCAACUUCUGCUACUACAGCUACUGCAAUAAAGCCAGCAGCAACGGUAGUUGAGACAAAGAAGGCUGUGGCUGAAAGUAGGUCAGGUAUUACAGGCGUCGGCAAAGGAGAGAGGCUAGUAAAGACAAGUAUUUUUGAAAAGGUCAUGGCGUGGGAUGCUCCUCAAGAUCAGGUUGUGGUGAACACAGAAGUAAUUGAAGAGUCUGUCUGUGAGAAAAAUGUUCAGUCCCAGACCAUCAGCAGUAUAGUAUCGAGUAGCACUACAGGUGGGGGUGGUGUUGAAGUGAAAACAACUAGAACUGAUAUUGGUACAGGUCUUCAUACUGGGGUUGCAACUGGUGCUGCAGAAGCCAAUAUUGCUCAAGGGGUCAUUGAGAUAACAGCUCCUACAAGCAUGACCGAGGUGAAGACCACUACCAGUGUGAUUGGUGCAAGUGCUGUGGAAGGUCUCACCAGUGCAUCUGCAGGUGCUGUAGAAAGUAAGCAGGGUGUAGUUGAAGUCAGGACUACAACAGAGGUUGUUGGAAAAAGUGGUAUGGAAAGUCUUCUGAAUUCUGGUAUUGCCAGCACUGCUGAAUCCCACAUUGACCGUGGCGUAGUUGAGAUAUCAGCUCCUGUAAGGAGUGUUGAGGUUGUAACGACAAGAGAAGUUUCUGGUGAAACUGCUAUGGGGAGUUUACUCAACAGUGGUGUUGCCACUGGCAUUGGUCUAGCAGAAAGUCAUACUGAGGUAAAAACCACUAGAUCUGUGGUUGGCACAACUGCAAUGGAAAGUCUCCUAAACAGUGGUACAAUUGCCAUGGAAAAUCUUAAAAAUGGUGGAAUGGCUACAGCUGUUGUUGAGACUGAGGCUGUUGCCUUGAAUUCUGGCAUCGCCUCUGCUACUGCUCAGGCUGGAAUUGCCACGGUGUCAGUUCCUGAGAGCACUAUUGAGGUCAAGACCACUGUAAGUGAAGUUGGCAUGAGCACUGUGGGUGGUCUCUUGACCGCAGGUGUUGCUCAGUUGGACUCUGGCAUUGGUGUAGUUGAGAUACCAGCUACUGAGAGUGUAACUGAGGUUAGCACCACUCGAAUUGCAGUCGGAUCAACCGCUAUGGAGAGUCUUCUAAAUAGUGGUACAACUGCCAUGGAAAGUCGACUAAACAGUGGAAUAGCUUCAGCUGAAGCUGGCAUUGCCACGGUGUCAGUUCCUGAGAGCACUAUUGAGGUCAAGACCACUGUAAGUGAAGUUGGCAUGAGCACUGUGGGUGGUCUCUUGACCGCAGGUGUUGCUCAGUUGGACUCUGGCAUUGGUGUAGUUGAGAUACCAGCUACUGAGAGUGUAACUGAGGUUAGCACCACUCGAAUUGCAGUCGGAUCAACCGCUAUGGAGAGUCUUCUAAAUAGUGGUACAACUGCCAUGGAAAGUCGACUAAACAGUGGAGUAGCUUCAGCUUCUGUUAAGACUGAGGUUGUUGAAGGUACAGUUCAGACAUCAGGCUUACAACAGAUUACUGAGACAAGCAGUGUAGAAGUUAUUGCGGCAGCAGCUGAAAGUAUCCCUGUAGCAGAAGUUGAAAAAUGUGCAGUCAAGACUGGUUCUGUCAGUACAUCAGUGACUGCGUCUCAAGGAGGCAUUACGGCAAAUGUUAUUCAGGUCGCCCCUGAAGCAGAGCUUUCCCUGCAUGUGUCAGACAUUAACACAAGUGUUAAUACAACAGAUACUGGGCCCUUAAAGAGUGUGGUCGAGGGUAGUGUAGUCCAGAAUGCUACCGUGACACUGAUUUCUGAAGGCACAGUUGAUAUGAAGACGACCAUUUCUGAGGCACAGGUAGAGUCUGCCAAAAUCCAGACUGUGGCUGAAAUUUCUGCUCCUGAAAGCUCUCUGGAUAUUAAGACUGACGGAAAGGCUAUUGCAUUAUCGGGAGUUGAACAUGUGGCCGAUAUUCAAAUAACUGCACCAGAGAUCUGUAAGACUGAGACAACAGGAAUAGUGGCUGGCAUUGCAGACAGUCUGUCCGGCAGCAGCUUUGGUGAGGUCGUGGUUGAAAGCCGUGUGCUUGAGAGCAUAGCGGAAGUUAGUGUCACAGAGAGUUCUGCUGAGUCAAAUGCUGCAGCUAGUGCUGGCAGUGCAGCUACAGAUGCAGGCGAUAUCACCAGCAGAAGUAGUCGUCUGUCCAACGGAAAACAGAGCAGGUUUGAACUGAAGUUUGUAGGUGGAGAUGCAGCAAAAACCACCAAACCAGCCAGCAAGACAGCAAAAACAGAAGAUACUAACGUAGAUCAAUCACUGCCAGGAGGAACUGGCUUGCCAAUGGGAUUGGAGGGGUUAGGGUUUGAAAGUAUGCCACGCCACGUGGGAAGGAGCAGUGAGGUCAUGAUUGGCAGUUCCCAUCGUGAGGCCAGGAUCAGUCAGGCGCGAAGGACACCCAGCCCAGGUGGCGAGACGAGAAUGACUCGUCAAAGAAGCCUCAGUCCCAAGAGUGCUAGCACUGCAGCGGGUAGUCCAACAUCCAGCCCAAGAGUUGCUCGCAGAACCGGCAGCCCUGGCAGAAACGUGGUCAGUAGUUCAGGUUCACAGAGACAAAGACUGAAUAGCACGGGCAGCACAGGGUCAGAUUCGGUGAUGAGCUGUGGCAUAGGGAUGGGUAAUAUUAGCAGUCCCACCAAGCCAGGGUAUAUUAGCAGUGCAGGCACUGGCGUCUGGAUCAUGUCGUCCGACAGCAACGCUGAGCACAGUCCCUACACCAUCAGCACCAGGAGCAGAGGCAGCGGGGAUAAGAUCACUGUCUAUGGAAGCGGAAUGAGCGGAAGGAUCAGCAGUGCAGGAAGUGGAAACCGAAUUAGUAGCUCAGGCAGCGGUGGGAGGAUCAGCAGUGCCGGUAGCGGUGGGAGGAUCAGUUCGGCAGGAAGUGGAAAUAGAAUUAGCAGUGCCGGAAGCGGAAAUAAAAUCAGUUACGCAGGAAGUGGCGGGAAGAUCAGCAGUGCAGGCAGUGGGGGUAGGAUCAGUUCAGCAGGUAGUGGAAAUAGAAUCAGCUCGGCAGGAAGUGGAAAUAGAAUCAGCUCGGCAGGAAGUGGUGGAAGGAUAAGCAGUGCUGGUACUGGAAAUACCCGAAUAAGCAGCGUUGCACCCAUGGGGAGCAGGAACGUCAACACGACUGUCAUCCGCAGCACUGGAAGCUCAGGCGGGGGAAGCAACAGAGACCGAAUCAGUGUCUGCAAAAUGGCCGCCCUCUCCAAAGCAGCUGCUGUUAAGGAGAGAUCUCAGGAGAGCCAGGGAGUGCAGGUGAGAAGGUCUUUGAUGCGGGAGCCAAUCGAUCCAGACGAGGAGUUCACCAACACACCGGCUGUGCCAUAACAGCCACUGGAUAGCUCAGUAGACCAUCAUGUCACAUCUGAGUCUUUGAUAUUAGACUGUACUGUGAAUGUGACUGCAUUUAUGUUAGACUUUUUUGUACAUUAUUACACUGAAUUAUUUGACCAAGCCCAUAUAGUACCAUCAUAAAGGAUUAAAUAAAUAAAUAUAAAAAUAAAGUUAUAAAAAUAUAUAUAAAAAAAUAAUACAAAAACUGUCAAAUGGUCAUGUGUUACAUAUGCUGUAUUACUUCUGUAUAAAGGGCUACUGUGUUAAACAAGCAUUGAUUUCAUACAUUUUCUUCAGAUAAUUGAACUGUUUUUAUAUACUUACAUUUUGUAAUGAAAAAUAAAUGUACAUACAUAUUUGAACAUAACAGGUGUUAUCAGACUGAGGGUAUUUCAGGGCAUUUGCUGCUGUUAUUGCUGGCUGAAAUGUAUGGCCCUGUAUUAUUACUGCG